AUGCCAUCAGAAGAUACAAAGGAAACGAUAGCAAAAGUCGUCGAGCUUGGACGAGUCGUGCUUCAUUAUGGCUGGAUACCUCUGAUUAUCCACGUCGGCUUCUCUCGAAGUAACCCGCAGCCGUCUCUAAUCAAACUGAUCAGCCCACUCGCGUAA